UGCGCGGUUGCCACGGAAACCAGGCAGCAGCGCAGGCGCCUGGAGCUCAGGGGGCGGGGCGCGCGCCGGGCCGGAGUGAGCCGGCACUGCGCAUGCGCAGCGUCUCGGUUGCUAGGUUCCGCCUCGCGUCGCGUCGAGUGGCUACGGUCAGGUCCCGGAGCCUCGGGGUGGCGACGGGAACGUUCGAAUCCCCCUCGGUGCCUGCGCGUAUCUGCAGGUUGUCGCCUUUUCCUGCCCAAAGUGAGAGGAUCUCUCCGAUCCCUGUCCCCCUCCUCCGGAAGGACCUCUCCGUGGACGCCCCUGGCGGUGUCCCGACCCCUGCAGCCGGCCGCCCCUCGGAGGGACAAGGAAGAGCUUCCAGGCGGGCGAGGCAAAGAGGGAAAGUAGCCAGCCAUGUCGAACGCAAUGUAUAAUAAGAUGUGGCAUCAGACCCAAGAAGCCCUCAAUUCUCUGCUUGAUAAAGAGUCUGAGACUGUGAUGGAAUCACAAAGAAAUCAAGGUUUCAUCUUCCAAAUGAUAGCCACCUUCUACAUAAAAUACGUGCAGAUCUUUAGAAACCUGGAGAAUGUCUACGACCAGAUUGUCCACCCACAGAAGCGACUGCUGAUCCGGAAAAUACUGGACGGGGUGAUGGGUCGCAUCCUGGAACUGAAGCAUGACAUGGUUGAAUUGGAAUUAACUGAGUUUCAUUAUUUCGAUGACAUCCUACAGGACCUAAAGUUGGCUCCUCAACAAUUAGAUAUUCCCAUCCCCAAGUAUUUUUUGAAGGAGAAGUUGGAAGUAAUCAAAGGAAGAGAGAAAAUCCUGGCUCAGAUAUUAGCUGACACUGGAUUAGAUAUGGCUGAAAAGAAAUACUCUGUGAAGAGUAUCCCCCUAGAAGAGGCCGUGAAAUUAAUCCAGAUCGCUGAGAGGGCGCGGCAGGGUCGUCUAAGAGCCAUGUUCAUGAAGCAGAUCUUUCUUCAAGAAUACAGAGCGAAACAAGCCAAGUUCCUUAGCGAGAAAGUAGCGGAUCUGGAGGCCGCAGCGCUGCAGAUUCAGAAGGUCUGGCGAGGUUUCCAUCAACAUAAGAAAACCGAAAAACUGAGGCAGGAGGAGAUGAUAUUCCUGGGUAUGAAUCCACCUCCCCUGUUUAAUGAAGUCAGUGCCACCAUAAUCCAGGCUGAAAAAGUGACCUCCCUGAGGAAUGAGGUACAGAUAAAGCAUGAAGAGAAAUACAGAGAAGCCUUGGUCACAAUCAAGGAUGAUCUGAAAUUAAUAGAAGGUCCAGAUAUCAAGGAGAACCUUCAAGACCAGAUUCGGCAUUGGUUCAUCGAAUGCAGGAACUUAACAGGCACGUUUCCUGACUACCCUCAUGUAGAAGAAGGAGGGUCAGCUCUUAUUUUCUCCAACAAGACCCCACAACAGGUUACUGAAGAUAUUCUUGCAAGCCAAGAAGAGGAGGAGAAAAACAAAAAGAAUAAAAAGAAGGCAAAGAAACCCAAGAAACCUAAGGAAGAUAAGGAAAAGAAAAACACAAGGGAAAAAAGCAAGGAAGAAGAUGAGGGGUGGAAAAUGUCACCGAGUGUCUUUCUUCCUACGAUGGAGGAAGGAAAUAACGUAUACAAAGACAUGUGGAGGAACAGAGACGAGUCGUGGAAUUUCCCCCAGGACCAUGACCCGGAACUGAUCAAACAGGAGAAACGGAAGGAGCUGGAGUCAGAGAUCAGAAUACAGGUGGACGAGCUGAUGAGGCAGGAACUGAAAAACUUGAAACUGGCCGUGAACAGAGAAAAGGAGCAACCAGUCAAAGCAGGGAAGAAGAAAGGAGGCAAAAAGAAAAAGAAAGGGAAGAAAGGCAAAAAAGGGAAGAAGGAUAAAGAUCUGACAGCUGACAGGACCACUGAGUCUCUGUACAGGGAGCUGGUGGAAGAAGGGUUGCUGAUCCGGGCUCUGAACGUUAACCUCUCCGAUUACAUCGGAGAGUACAGUUACUUGGGGACCACUCUUCGCCGGGUAUCCAUAGAGCCCAUGCCUUCCCUCCUGGAUGUGAGACAGCUCAUCGCCCUGUAUGGGAUCUUGCCUCUAGGUUCCACAACAGUGCACGAGAACGCUCCUUUGGUGAAAUCCCUGCUGUUGGCAGGGCCAUCUGGGGUAGGGAAGAAGAUGCUGGUCCAUGCCAUCUGCACCGAAACGGGAGCCAACCUCUUCGACUUGUCCGCAGCCAACAUCGCCGGGAAAUACCCCGGCAAAGAUGGCCUCCAAAUGAUGCUACAUAUGGUCUUCAAGGUGGCCCGGCAACUCCAGCCCUCCGUGGUCUGGAUCGGAGACACAGAAAAAACCUUCUACAAGAAAGUUCCCAGCGCAGAAAGGAUGAUGGAACCUAAACGCCUGAAAAAGCAGCUUCCAAAAAUCCUGAGACUCCUGAAACCGGAUGACAGGAUUCUGAUCGUGGGGACCACACAGCGGCCUUUCGAUGCGGAACUUCAAUCCUUCUGCAAAGUUUACCAAAAAAUUAUUUUGGUUCCCAGACCAGACUAUGCUUCCAGAUUCGUUCUGUGGAAACAGAUCAUUCAACGCAAUGGAGGCAUCAUUACUAAUGCCUUGAAUAUUAGUUGCCUGGCGAAGGUCACCGAUGGCUUCACCCAAGGACACAUAGUCCAGGUGGUUAAAGGCGUGCUCACGGACCGCAGAAUCCACCGGCAAAAUUACAAACCACUUGUGGCGGCGGAGUUCAUGGCAGCGCUAACCAGGAUGAGCCCGGUGUACCAGGAGGAAGAAGAGAGCUUUAAGGACUGGUAUGCCAAAACCCCUAUGGGUAAAAAGCGAGCCUUGGCACUAACAGGAGGGCUCGCUGAAAAGGGGAAAGGAGAAAAGAAGGAAAAGAAAGGAAAAAAGGAGAAGACAAAAAAGUAAUGCCUUUCUGAGGAACCAUCCUCGAGUGUCUCAGGGAUGGAGGUGGUCCUGGCUUGCCAGGGAAAAGGUUCACCAUCGCCUGUCUGAAGAAGACCCAGGCCAACGCCGCGAGUUCGUCCGCCCCUGCGUUCACUCCCAUCUUUGCAGGCUGUACACCAAGUUCAACGUCCACAGCAAUUGUUUCUAGAGCUUGUAACUGUCUCUUAGUCUACGUAAAGCUUCUAUAAAACCGAAAUCCACUCAUUACACACUCCACAAUCUUUCCAGCUCAUCAAUACCAGUCACCAAAACUAAACUGUGAUAUUUAGAAAAUCCACUGAUUUGACAAACUAGUAGGUACCUUGAGUCUGUCACCAGCACUCCAGCUUUUUAUUAACCCGUAUAUACCGUAUAUUAUCUUGCACAUAUUUUGAUAUAUUAAGUCUUUGCUCUAUUAAUGUAUUUUAAAUAAUUGAAUAAAAACCGUUUUCUUUGAA